AAGUUUGAGGAGAUGCAAAGCUGUAGUCAGGAUGAUGACAGGGGUCCAGCAGUGGUGUCAUCUGGCCAGCCCUGAAUUGUAGGAUGACUCAGCUGAUCUAGACCCUGUCUCCACUUUUCGUCUCUUCAGGGAUGUGAACUUGGGCAUACAGCAUUUUCAUAAGACCAAGUUAAAUACCCCAUAUAUCCAGGGCUCUUCCCCCCCCCCCCCAAAUAUCCAGAACCUUCAGGAAAAUCCAGGGAGACGAGAAUCUUUUUAGGUGAUUACCUGCGUGCACUUUGCACUGAGAGCAAUCCCACAUAGCAGUUCUGUAUGGACCUCACACUCCCUGCUCAGGCUGUGGCCGGAAAGACCUCCAACUGCAUCUCCCUGACCCCAACACCCUCCCCUCUGCACCUCCUCAAACUCUGCUUACUGUGCUCAACUUCCCUUCUAUUCCUGUAUGAUUCAAGGCUCCCCCGGUUUUGCCCUGGAUCCUCACUGGUGUUUCCAUGUUGGUGAUCACAAGUAAUGAAUGUCCCUCUGUCACACAGGACACCUGAUGCUCUAAAAGUUAGGGGUGCACUUCAUUCAUUACAGAACCCAACACAUUGUGUCUCCAACAUACCCACCAGUACUGCUGAUACGUCUACUUUUGUGUAAAAACGCCUCUUUCAUUUGACAAGAGAAACGUAUAGCUCACUGUAUUACAGGGACAUGCCACUGCCCAUUGUAUGUAUGUCCUGAGAAACUUGAGAUAUGCUACAGUGUCCUCAGGCAGUUUGUAGUUGGAUUGCCAAGACUCACAACUAUCUCUACAUCAUUGCCACAAAGUCAAUCAUGAAGAAGAUGAAUAUACUUUACCAGCCACUCAGCCAGUUCAGGUCAUCUUAACAAAUAGAGUAGGUGGAGGAGGGGGAUGUGGCCUAUAGCCCAUGAUUGGUGGUGAAGGGUGGUCCGCGGGGUACAGCCUGCAAGGCAAUCCUGGGAAAGGACCAGGACUCUUGCAUACAAAAUAGCCUGCGGAAAAGAAAUGAGAGGUAUGUUCAUAGGACAGAACAGAGCACCAACACCAGCAAAAAGCAGAAACCCAAAGCAGCAGUGCUCAUAUCCUACUAGCUUCCCCACCACCAGGUUCCAAGAGGGCAGCAUCAGCGCCAAAAUCUCUACCCAUACUUUGGGUUCCACUUACAGCUUUGAGGUGAAGAAUGGAUGUGAUUGGGAUAAACUAGUGUCCCCACGUGUCUGGAAACGUAGAAACAGCAAGGGCCCUUUUCCUAGAAGAUUUAUAGGCUGAAUACUAAAUUAACACAGUAGCAUAUUCCAGAUAGGAAAGCAACUAUGUCCAGGAUCACACUCCACCCUUCAUCCCCUCCACCACAGAGGCUGUUUAUUGUGUCUGUGGAGAACUACAGAAUGAGAAGGAAUGACAAUCCCAGUGUCCACACAUGGAAUCAUACCCUCGUGGCUCAGAGCUCUGCCUCUAAGCCCCUGCCUGUGCCCAAACUACUUCUGUCCCGACAAUGGGUUCUCGUCCUCUCUGGAAGUGCUAUCCAUGGACACAGAGACACAUGGGGAGAUGGGGAUCCUGAGGGCCUGCAGAGGACCUGGGAAAGCAUGCUCUUAGAGAAACGGGUAACCUAUACAUGUUAGUUGGGUUGAGCUAAUUUAUUUUACUUCGGAGGUACUUCUCAGCUUAAGUGCAGUACACUUUGCAGGGUAAUUGUGUCCUCUGGAAAAAUGAGCUGAAAUUCUAAAAGACAAAAUUAACACAAAUGCACUUUGAUGUCUGCUGUAAGUUUCCAUGUUUUAGCUGUACCUGUGACACAGGACACGAGAGAACGUGCUCAUGUGAACACAAGUGAAGGACACCGUGGGGACUUGCCACACAGGUUCAUCUCCUAGCCAGAAUCAAGAAAGGAAGACACAGCAGCCACACUGUUCCCACAGAGGUGAGGUCUGGAAGGGAUCACCCAGGCCGGGAGACAUCUGUUUGGAGUGUGCAGUCAUCCUCCUCUCAUUAUUUCCUGAAACUCACGGAAAAACCUUAAGCAGGAGUUGAUGAGGUCAGCCUCAGUUGCUACUGGCCGUCUUGCCACUCUGUGGGGAGAGUUUGACAGAGCAAUGGAAGAGCCAAGAAGUGAACAAGAGAUUGAAACCUGAUGCCAUCACUUGAGCCCUGGUGGUAGACAUGCCUGAAGCCAUUUUUUAUUUUCCUUUUUCAGAAAAUUAUUCAAGAUGACUUCUUCUGUGACCUGAGUCAUUGAGUUUUCCAUUGAAUUUUUCACUUAAAAAUUCAGAAACAACUGGACAAAUAUGUCAAUCCCAUGGGAAGAACAGCUAAAGAAAAUCUGGCUAAAUUCAUGCUUAGCCUACAAGAUAUCAGGAAAACAGCAACAGUCUUUCACUGAUAUUACUGAAACUGAGUCCCCGACCUUAUCACUUGUAUAUUGUCUAAAUGUGUAGUAAAAAUCAGAUGGCUGUGUGGUCUGGUAAAAUCGGGCAGAGUACAAAUUGAAAAAGAAUUUUUCACACAGAGGAAGUGUUUGAAAUGUCGGCAUAAAGUGUUUGGACAAACACUUUUUGUUUUUCUCCUGCUAAUCUGUUUGUCCUUGGUGAAGUGUUUGGAUAAAACUCUGGUAUCUUGAAAGCUAAACUGUGGGAAAUCUGGAAGGUCAGGUCUAUUUCUGAUUUGGCUGUGUAUCCCCAGCAGCUUGCACAUUGCAAGGGCCUAAGAGAGAUAUGUCAGCCCCGCCUACGCACGCGUCAAUCAUACACUCCACAAUGAGGGGCAACAUUGUGCCUAUACAGUGCAAUAGGAGACCUACAAGCUACGGAUAAAUAAUUCCUAGCUUUUUGUGACUACACCCAUUUUUCUAUUGCCUUCUGGUGGGGAAAACAAAGAAGAAAGAAGGAAACUUCGGUAUUCAAAUACUGUCAGAUCAGCUGUGAACUUGCAAAGUGGUCACCCUCAGGAUUGGAGGAAGUGGCUAAGAGGACAGGCAGUCUUUGAGGCGAUCCGAAUCUCCAGCAAAGGGCGCGGCUACUUCCUGAGCCGCGCCGGAACCUUUUGGCGGGCUGUAUGAGUUCCAGAAGGAACGAUUUAGGAACAGGACCGCUUCCGCUGCUGAAGAGACGAGAGGGGUGGGGAGGAAAUAGUUCGAGGAUCUGAUCCUGCCUGCGCUAGCGGCGGCAGUGGAGCAGGCAGAGAGGGGGCGGCGGCAGAGAAGAAAGUGACAGAGCCGGUUCGGCUGUAGAGUGUGGUGAAGGGACUUUUCAUGGUGCAUGGAAGGAAAGCCAAUGCGCAGGUGUACCAACAUUCGACCAGGAGAGACUGGAAUGGAUGUAACAAGCCGCUGCACCCUUGGAGACCCCAAUAAACUGCCAGAAGGGGUUCCCCAACCCGCCCGCAUGCCCUAUAUUUCAGACAAGCACCCUCGACAAACCUUGGAAGUGAUUAAUCUUCUGAGAAAGCAUCGGGAGCUAUGCGAUGUGGUGCUAGUUGUGGGCGCUAAGAAGAUAUAUGCCCAUCGAGUCAUUUUGUCAGCCUGCAGUCCCUACUUCCGAGCUAUGUUUACAGGAGAAUUGGCAGAAAGCCGUCAGACGGAAGUAGUGAUCCGAGACAUAGAUGAGAGGGCUAUGGAACUACUGAUUGACUUUGCGUAUACCUCCCAGAUAACUGUGGAAGAGGGCAAUGUUCAGACCCUUCUGCCAGCUGCUUGCCUCCUCCAGUUGGCAGAAAUACAGGAAGCCUGCUGUGAAUUCUUAAAGAGACAAUUAGAUCCUUCUAAUUGCCUGGGCAUUCGGGCUUUUGCUGACACACAUUCAUGUCGUGAGUUGCUAAGGAUAGCAGACAAGUUCACUCAACAUAACUUUCAAGAGGUGAUGGAAAGUGAAGAGUUCAUGUUGCUUCCAGCCAAUCAGCUUAUUGAUAUAAUAUCUAGUGAUGAACUAAACGUUCGCAGUGAAGAACAGGUGUUCAAUGCAGUGAUGGCCUGGGUCAAAUACAGUAUUCAAGAAAGACGUCCUCAGUUACCCCAGGUGCUGCAGCAUGUUCGUCUGCCUUUGCUUAGUCCCAAGUUCCUGGUGGGCACUGUAGGCUCUGAUCCCCUCAUCAAAAGUGAUGAGGAAUGCAGAGACUUGGUAGAUGAAGCUAAAAACUAUCUCCUCUUACCUCAAGAACGACCACUGAUGCAAGGACCAAGGACAAGACCACGGAAACCUAUCCGAUGUGGAGAAGUACUCUUUGCAGUUGGUGGCUGGUGCAGUGGAGAUGCUAUUUCUAGUGUUGAACGAUAUGAUCCACAGACCAAUGAAUGGCGAAUGGUAGCUUCGAUGAGCAAAAGGCGAUGUGGAGUUGGGGUCAGUGUUCUUGAUGACCUGCUGUAUGCAGUAGGAGGCCAUGAUGGAUCCUCAUAUCUCAAUAGUGUUGAAAGGUACGACCCCAAAACAAACCAAUGGAGCAGCGAUGUGGCUCCCACAAGCACGUGCAGGACAAGUGUUGGUGUGGCGGUGCUCGGAGGCUUUCUCUAUGCUGUGGGAGGCCAGGAUGGCGUGUCCUGCCUCAACAUUGUUGAGAGGUAUGAUCCAAAGGAAAACAAAUGGACUCGAGUGGCUUCUAUGAGCACCAGAAGACUAGGCGUGGCUGUGGCUGUGUUAGGAGGGUUCUUAUAUGCCGUAGGUGGCUCUGAUGGGACAUCUCCACUCAACACAGUGGAACGCUACAAUCCUCAGGAAAACAGAUGGCACACCAUAGCCCCUAUGGGGACCCGGAGGAAACACCUAGGCUGUGCAGUGUAUCAGGACAUGAUCUAUGCCGUAGGAGGUAGAGAUGAUACUACAGAGCUUAGCAGUGCUGAGAGAUACAACCCCAGAACUAACCAGUGGUCUCCAGUGGUGGCUAUGACAUCCCGCCGUAGUGGAGUUGGCCUGGCAGUGGUGAAUGGGCAGCUCAUGGCUGUAGGAGGCUUCGAUGGCACAACGUACUUGAAGACCAUUGAAGUUUUUGAUCCUGAUGCAAAUACAUGGAGGUUAUAUGGCGGGAUGAAUUACCGUCGGCUGGGGGGUGGUGUAGGAGUUAUUAAAAUGACACAUUGUGAAUCCCAUAUAUGGUGAACAUCUAGAAGACAGUCGUAUACGCUCCUCUGUAUUCUGAAGAGCUUUGACUUUGGAGCUUUGUACAGCUCAAGAAAACAUUAGAACAAAUUUUAUUCUUUGCCGGUGCCUCAACAUAUGGAAAUAUAAAUACAGUGAAAGUACUUCAACUGCAAGAUGCCACCUUUGCACAAAAAUUUUCAAUUCUGUGCAGAAUAUUUAUUUUUGGUUUUAAUUUAUCAUAGGUUUUUUUGUUGUUGUUGGGUUUUGUUGUUGUUUCGUCCUGUUUUGCUUCGGAUUUAACCUUCCUCCCACUAAAAAAGGAAAAAGAGGAUAGGAAAAAAAGGUAAAAAACUCCCAAGCAGCAAAAGUUAAUUUCUAAGAUACUAAGUUUGAAAAUACUAAUAAGGGGAGAAGGGCUGUACACGAUCUAGUUGUUAUCGCCAGGCACUCCAUCCACAUGGCUCCACUACUUACAAGGACCACCAGUGACAAAGAUAGGGAUGCAAACUGUAUUAUUUGGCCAUCAUCCUUGCACUAAGCACCAGAAGACUUGAAAAUAUUAAACAAACAAACAGAAAGGAAACACUCAUUUUAAAUAGUACAACUCAGAAGGAAUAUUGGAUAGAUAAAACCAGGACUCAGACACUAAAGUUUUCAUCAGUGGAAGUUUGCAUCUUGUUUCCUUCCAUACGAACUUGUUUUCCACUAUAUUUAAAGUCUUUUUUCAAGAUGGUAUUUUCAUAGAAUUUCUGGUAGCUCCAGAGCUCUGCUCAGUGCCUCUGUAAAAACACUAUACAAUUCUUAUAUGCUGUCGAGAAUCCUCCGAUAGAAUCAUGUGCUACUCUGCAAGACUUUUUGCUCAAAAAUAUUACUGACUGAAACAACUUUCCUUCUUGUUUCCUUAUUGCUACUAAGGACCAGCAGGGAGAAACGUCUUCUCCCCAGCAGUGAAUACUGUUAUGCAAUUUACACUUGACGCUCAGGCCUGCUGAAGCUGAGGCUGACCUAUAAUCACAGCCUCCAAGAGAAUGAAUUCUUCAGUUUGUGUAAUAGUACAUGCUAAUGAGUAAAACAGGCAUUUUAUUAAUAAAACCUUGGUUCUUUUAUACAAACUAUAUAUCAUUAUCUUCAUUCUAUAAAGCCACUGUUAACUACUUCUCUCAAAUUGCACUUUCUGGUGAAAAGUUAAAAUUUUUAAGGAAAAAAAUGAUACAAAUUUCAGUGGUCAAAGUUUUAUCAUUGUGUUCAUAGAGCAAUUUUUUUCAGUGUAUUUUGCAGGAAAAUCUUUGAAUAAGACUUUAACCACAACCAAAAGGAAUAACCUUCUCCUCCCUCCCCCCAACUACAAAAAUGUUUGGCAACUUUGUGUUUACAUUUAAAGAUCAUUUGCACCUUUACAAGGAAAAGAACUAAGUAUUUGGUAAACAGUUGUUUACAUGUAUCAUUUAUGCUUUUUUCUAGCAUGUAUAACUUUUUUAAAUAAAGGUAGUAUUUACCAUAAAACAAGUUUUGGUUAAUGCUUUUUAGUGCUUGUGUCUCUGCUAUUUAGUUUCUAUAUCAUUUGUAUUUCCUAUAUGUGAAGUUGUAAGUACUUUCAACCUGAAGGAAUAAAGGAUUGCCAGCUAGAA